AUGAUUCGAAGACCUUUAACAGAAAUAACCCUUAAACUUGAAGAUUUACAAGAAUAUGAAACCUAUAGAAGAGAACAAGCUAAUAAUUCUGCCAUAAGUAAUGAAAUGCAAGAAGAUACUCCUAGAUCUUUAGCUGGUGGGACAAAAACAAUUGAGGAAAUACACAAUAGAAUCGGUUACGCUCCAAAAAAGAAGCAAGGCCCCAGUACUGUAUAA